GCGCAUCCAGGAACGCGCGGAACUGUUGAGCAUGCUUCCCAAAUGAGUUUCAUCCAACGCGCCACCAGCGCGGCCCCGCCAGGCUACGAGACGCCAGAAUUUCCCUCCUUAUACUGGCCUCUUCCGAUAAAGGGCGCAGAUACUUAUUAUCUCUAUAAGCCAGGUGACAUAUGGCGGUUCACUAUGUUAUGGACGCUAGUGUUUUUCAUCGCCAUACACCUUGCAGCCGCUGCUUGGGCUUGUAUCAUACAAUGGCGAAACUGGAGGUUGAUUUGGAUUGCUCCGAUUGUUUUUGUAGUGGUCGGCGGAGCGCAGGGGUUCAUCGCGGGUAGCGUGGUUGGCGGACUACUUGGCGGUGUUUAUCAAGCCGGAUACUUCAAGAUGUCGACAUGGAUACCCUUCGUGUGGGCAUUGGUGAACGCCUUGGUGCUCAUUCUCUCAUCGUUCGCCAUACAUGCUACGGUUUUGAAUCAAGAUGUCCGACACAACAACUGCGCUCGUGUAAAGAAUUGGGAGAGCGGAAGGACUUUGUAUAAAGAGAAAAUCCUGAAACCGAACAUUGAAGCUCAUCAAUUGCUUGUGAAAGUGUCACACGUUGCCCAGAACCGCACUGACGUCCAGUCGUACGAUUGCAAUGCCUUUGGGGAAGGGUCGGUUUUUGGCUGCGAUUUCGCCGGAGAAGUCGAAUCUGUUGGCGCUUUUAGGAAGGGUUUAGAUGCUGUUGAGGAUGGAUAUCAAGAAUAUCGUUAUGGAAAGAUCUCUGCUUUUAAGAUUGUGUACGAGCUUUAG